UGUAAGCAGUAUAAUUUGUGUUUGCAAGGAGAAGCGUUUUGUGUCUAAAACGUUGUCGAACAUUUCAAUGUAAAAUGACAUCCGUGGACUCAGGAAUUGAAACAAGUAACAACUCAGAUGAUAGUUCCAUUGCUCAAAACGAAGAUGUAGCAAUAGAAGAAAUGAAUAAUGUCAGUUCUUCUACUGCAGUAAUAGUCAAUAAUCAGAAUGAAAUACAAGAAACGGGUGUCCACACUACAUUUGAUUCAGACUCAUCUGUUUCUUUAACAAACGUACAUAGUGACAUUCAAUAUUCUAUACCGACAAGUAGUUCAAGAUCAUGUUCCAAUAUAUCUCCAAAUGUACGUAUUAUUUUAUUUUUAUACUAUGUUUUGUGUAGAAAAAUAAAAUUUAUCAAUGCAACACGUAGAAAUCGUCAUUUUGAUCCUAUACGUACUUGUGUCAGUGAGCAUAGAAUGAGAAUUGCAGCAGCAACAAAUAACACUAUUGCUAUGAGACGUCUUUUAAAUUCUGGUGUAUCACCUAAUACUUGUGACAUACAAGGAAGAACUCCUCUUCAUCUUGCCUCUUGCAGAGGUUAUACAGAAAUGGUUCGUUUAUUAUUGGAACAUGGUGCAGAUCCUAAUCUUCGUGAUUCUGUAGGUAAUACACCAUUACAUUUAGCAGCUGUGACAAGUAAAAUAUCUGUGGUUACACUUCUUUUAAAUGCGGGAACAGAUCCUUUAUGCUUAGGUCAAUAUGGUUAUAAUCCAUUACAUUUAGCACAGACAAAAUUAAAAUUAUUACGAAACUAUAGAGGAGAAGACAUGUUGAAAAUCAAAGAAGAAGUUCAAAACAUAGUUAAUAUGUUGUUUGCAUAUUUGCAAAAACUUAAAGAUACCCAUUCGAAGAUGGAAACUUUAAACACUUUGUGUUCGCGUUUAUCUUUAUCAAAUACCCCUGCUCAAGUUCAGGAUGAUGUAAAGGAUUUGUUGGCUAAUUUAGAUGCUUUAUCUAUAACACAGUAAUCAUUUAUUUGCUUUAACAGACUAUUAAUUGGAUAUGGUGUGAACUGAAGGAGAGAUCUACACCAUAUGUUAAAUUUACAGUUAUGCCAUAACAAGUUCAAUUCUCUUUUUUUUAAUUACUUAAUUCAUGGUAAAAGUCUCUUUUUUAAUUUAUGUAAGUGUGCAAGAUAAUAAUAAAGUUUUGAUGUACAGUGUUACAACUAUAAUUCAA